UCAUGGCCGCCGUCGCCUUCCGCUUGGGCCAGCGCGUGCACGCCGCCGGCGACCCCGCGCGCGUCGGAACAGUGCGUUAUCUGGGCCCCGUCGAAGGCCACUCCGGAGACUGGGUGGGCGUCGACUGGGAUGCCGGCGCUGGCGGCCGCCAUGACGGCUCGCUCGCCGGCCGCCGCUACUUCCUCGCUGCAGGAGAACGCUCCGCCUCCUUCGCGCGCCCCACCGCGCUCAGCGCCGGGAUCACGCUCCCCGACGCGCUCCGCACCCGCUACCGUGUUGACGACUUCACCAAGGAGGAACAAGAUGAAAUGUAUGUCUUCUCAACAAGCCAGAAGCGUGUGUCGGUGGAACUGGUUGGAAAGAACAAAGUUCAGGAAAAACUGAAAAAUCUCAAUGACCUGACCGGUGCAUCUGUAUCCUACAUGGGAGUAAGCUCAAUUGGGCCACAAGAUGAACUAAAGAAUUUGGUUCCAAAUCUCAUACAGCUUGAUUUAACAGGAAAUCUUCUCUCUCCGUGGCAAGAUAUAUUCUCUCUCUGUGAAGCUCUGUCAUCACUGGAAGUUCUUGAUUUGACAAACAAUACCAUGGAGAAUGACUUUACUAAAAGUUCAUCUGUCAAGAAUAUCCGUGUUUUGGUUCUCAACUACUGUGGUGUAACAUGGGAACUGGUUGAAAAGAUUAAAUUCCCAUUUUUAUGUCUCAGUGAACUCCAUCUAAUGACGAACAAGAUAAAGAUAAUCAUGACUCCAGUUGGAGAUAUUGUUCAAGGUUUCCAUACACUGCGACUCUUAAAUUUAGAAGACAAUCACAUUGAUUCAUGGGAUGAAAUUGUGAAACUAUCUUACUUACGAAGUUUGGAACAGCUCCAUUUGAACAAGAACAUGCUAAAACAUGUAGCAUAUCCAUCCAAUCUUCCUUCACCAGGAUCUCUUGGUGAUGCAGCUGUUGUGCCUUUUGAAAAAUUACGAGUUCUUCUCUUAGGAUCUAACCAAAUAGAUGACUUCCUUUCUGUGGAUUCACUUAAUCUCUUUCCUAGUUUAACGGAUGUCAGGCUUUCUGAUAAUCCUAUAGCUGACCCUGCCAAGGGCGGUGUGCCUCGAUUUGUGCUUAUCGCUCGACUAGGAAAAGUUAAAAUACUGAAUGGCAGUGAGGUAAGCCCGCGUGAGCGAAGGGAAGCGGAGAUAAGAUAUGUUCGCCUUGUUAUGGGAAAGGUGGAAUCAUAUGAUCCUGAGGAGGUCAAACGGCUGCACCCUAGAUUUGCUGAGCUGAAGGCCUGCCAUGGUAUUGAGGAUGAGAAACCGGUUUCAAGGACUUCUGGCCAUCAAAAAUUGUCUUCUGGGCUUAUAAGCAUCACCUUGAAAUGCGUUGGGCCAUCUAUGGGUGAGAAGCAACCAUUGACAAAAAAGCUGCCUCCUGCUACUACUGUUGGGAAGUUAAAAUCUUUAUGUGAGAGCUUCUUUAAACUGAAGGAUAUUAAACUGAGAUUAUAUCUUGAGGAAGAGGGAUGCCCUCUGCCACAAUUCUUGGAGGAAGACACGUCUUCUCUCAUGGAGCUCGGGAUCGGCACUGGAUCAACCAUUAUCGUUGACGAAGAAAGCUAGUAGCCUGCGGCUUUUGCUGACAUUAUUGUGUGCGUUUUAAUUACUUUUAUCUGAGCAAAUGUGGUGAAUUGGUGUGUUGGGCCGAAGUCACUGCAACAUGAUGCUGUAUAUGCUUAAUUACUCAUUGUCUGCCGCGUUGCGUCA